AACUGGGGUGCAGGGCGCAUGGGUCACUGAGCUCCAGAGAGUCCCAUCAAAAUUAUGGUGAAGAUAUCCCAAUCAGCUGUCACUUCCACCGCAGCUGCAUCAAAACAAAUCCUCCAAAUCCUCGGGCUUCCUGUGGCGGUAAAAAAAAAAAAAAGAAAGAAAAAGAAACAGAGCAGGGGUUUACUUUGUGUCUAUGUUUGGGGGUCUGCGACAUAACAAGUUUGAGAACCCAUGCCACCGUAUCCAGCGCUGUCCGCCCCCAACAUUAACCCGGCUAUUUCGAGAAACUUCCAGCCCACUUUUCCACGUCACUUGAAGGAAUCUUUAAAGCGUCCGUCGCCUGUAUAAAAUGUCUCAGUACUCGACAGCCAGCAACAUGAACGGCAUGAAGACACAGUCGCCGAUACUGACAAUGGCAAAUAAUGACAACGACCCUCUCCCCCUCGGCUGGGAAGUAAAAAUUGACCCUCAGACAGGAUGGCCCUUCUUUGUGGAUCACAACAACCGCACGACAACCUGGAAUGACCCGAGACACGACACGAAAAAGGUCAGAGAAGUGUCAGCAAAUGGACCCAACAUACCACCUGAACCAAGCCCUCAGGAGACACAGAAGACCUUUGUGAGGGAGAUGAAGCACCCCAUUCUUCGCCCAGGUUAUGUUCCCAUCCCGGUCUUCCACGAAGGCGCAGAACUGAGGCAGCAACAGCAUCCAUGUUAUUCCUACAUCCAGCCGGCCACUGCACAGAAUAUCCGAACAGAUGGGCGAACACCUUCCCCGACAGCAGGCCCCCCUUGCAGACCUAGAUCACCUUUACAUGGACCUUCAGACAGCUGCUCCUCUGAUCCAGGAAAGGUCAGCUCACCUGUUUCACAAACACCAGAGGUUCAUACUGUCUCUCAUCACCAACCCCCACGGCCCAGCAGCACUGGACUUCAAGCAGGUUACAUCCCUAUCCCAGUGAUCCAUGAGGGCGGAGGAGGCCAAACACAAACACAUGCUCAGUUAAAUCCCUCUGGACGUACUGAGAGUAGACACUCUCAGCGCAUCCCCUACUCAGAGCACCAGCAGCCCUUCCAUCGCCUUCAGACAGACGAAUGGCCUGGCUACUCUGCAGCAAUGCAGCCCCCCCGGGAAAGAGCUUCUCCAGUUCUGUUUCCUCAGCAUCGCGAUGCUGCUUCUAUUCACCUCCCACCUCACAUUAGAAGCCAGUCACCAAUUAUAACGCAGGCUCAACAGCAUGUCCUCACAAGAGACGCACCCCAGAAAAUGGAGCAGGAACAACAAAGCACGCAACAGAAACCUGAGAACACGCAGCUCCCACAGCCAUUGCACACAGAAGCUGACAUCCAAAGGCCUCAACAACCUCAACACUUCCAACAGCCUCCACCUCAGCAACCACAGCAGUUCCAACAGCCACAACACUUCCAGCAGGCACCACCUCAGACGUCCCCACAGCCUCAGCAGCCUGAACAGUUAAUGCAGUCGCAGCUACAGUUCCAGCCGCCACAGAAACCAGAGCAACCACAGCAACAUACUGCAGAUAUCACAGUUCAAAUACCUCCAAAACCAGAAGCCCAGGACACGGCAUCUGUUCCCCAAGAGGUCCCACCUGUAAAGGUAGAGGCUGAACAGGCUGCCCAGUGCCCAAUCCACCCAGGCUUGGCUAAGGUACAGCAGAUAGUUGAACGGGUCGCUAAACUGGAGCAGGAUGUGAAAUGUUUUGAUGGAAAGAAGAAUGAUAAGAAAUACUUGUUACUGGAGGAACUGCUGACCAAAGAGCUCUUAGCACUGGACUCAGUUGACCCAGAGGGUCGUGUGGAUGUACGGCAGGCGAGACGGGAUGGAGUCCGCCGUGUUCAGACCAUACUGGAAGAACUGGAGCAACUGGAGGAGCAGCCAGCCAAGCCUUCUAGCGACACCCCAAUGGAGGGAGACAACUUGACACAGAAAGGAGAGCCCAGCAUGAUCACCAAGGAGAAUGUCGAGAUGGCAAAGGAGAUAUCAUAAUGACUGCACACUCCAUGAUCAAGAGGAGAGAAGGAUAACCUGCUGUAUAUUUGAUAGUGAACACGUCUGCUCCGGCUAACCCUCCUCCUCCUCUAUCUACAGCAUUUGUGGAAGUUGCAUGCAUUGAUUAACAGUGUUGGUAUUUCCUGCCAUUCAGCACAUAAUUGAUGGUAGCUCAGUGCAAUCAUGUUUUUUCAAGCCAAUGUUGUUGCCUUCUAUGUUGUGCCAAUGUCUUCAUAAUAAGACAGCUGUCAUGAUCAAGGUGUUGACAACAAUUUCUAGUCAAAUUAAAGUUUGAAUAAGAGGCCUUUAUCAAUAAAUGGAAGUAAACUAGAAGUAUUUUCCUAAGAAAUGUUAUGUGUGGUUGCCUUUUGUCUUGAUCAAAUAUUGUACGGAGCUUUUCUUAAUCCACUUAGCUCGUCACUUAGUACACAAGUGCAAACAUUGGGGCUUUAAAGCAGAACUCACUGCAAAACUCAGCCAAUAGAAAAGCAUUUUCCCCUUUAUGGCCACAUGGCCAUGUUGGAACUGCUUUGUCACAGAAUACAGUGAAUAUGUUUGUUAGAUGCUGCUUUUUGGUGCAUUACUGAUUUUACCAUCUUUGCACUUUGCCAUCACUGAAAUGUAUCUUGCUGAAAGUUCAGCAGAACUUCAUUUGAAAUAUAUCAGUUACACAAGUUUUGAUUGAUGUGUUUGAGUGUUUGUAUGUGCAUUGGUUUACUUGUUCUUUCAAGACAUUAUAUCAGUAUUUAUAUCAUUAUAUAGUAUUUUGGUACAUUUAUGAAUGUGUAAUGACAAAUGGAGGUGAGAUGGUGUAUCUUACUUGAGAUGUGAGACAAUCAGCACUUGGUGCUAAUUAGGAAUCACACUUUCAGGAUGUCCUUGUAUAACUACCAAAGCCACAAUCUGUAAUAACACCAACACAAAAAUGGCCUUAAAAAUGCCAACUGUGAGAAAAUGCCCAGUUCAUAAACAGAUGAAGAAAACUGCAGUCUGUUGUUUUCAGAAUUACUUUUCCUAUUACCCUGAUUUUUUUUUUUUUUUUUUUUUUUUUUUGUGUAGUAAUUUAUCACUGUAAUACAAUCACAAGCCAUCUUUAAGGGAGGGUCACUGCCUAACACACUUUUACAAAUUAUGGAUUGUGGCUUAUAGUUGAUCACAGUUUAUGAGUAGCAGGCUGAUGCAGUGUUGAAAGCAAGUCUAUCUUGUUGGUAUGGUUGAAAAUAAAAUGUAUUUGACAUGA